AUGACGGAGGCGUCACUCGAUGCGUGCGCUUCUGAUCUUUUUGAUCUGGUGGAAUUGAAUGGCGCGGAGGCCGUGCCGGCCGCCACGUGUGUGGAAAUGCUGCGCCGCGUCAAUGCAUCACUCUCACAUGACGUCGCGGUGGCGCUUGUGAACGACGCAAAGUCGCCAGGUCGUCGGGAUCUCGACCGAGAUGCCUUCACUGCUGCUCUGCUGCGUGUACUAAGAAGCAUGCCGUACCAGAACUCUCUCCGUGUGCUGCGUGACGUGACUCGUUCUCUACGACUGGCGUUUCGUAAAAGGUACUUGAUGAUGGACGUCAAGGCGAACACGCCAAUUCCGUCACUCACGGAAAACCCGACCGUUGUCUCGUUGUUUCAGGAGCUCUUUGUUGUGGCGGCAAAAGGCGGGGCAUACAUCACACGGUCGCAGCUGCGGCAGCUGGUUCACGACAUCCUUCCAGGCGACCGAGGUAGUGCAAGCAACGUCGUCAAGGCCGCCAUGUCGGAGGACGAUAGUGACCUGAUCGGCUUCUAUGAAUUUGUGACGGUGAUGCAGCCAAUCACAUCACGUUUAUCGCUGAGCGAUUUGGUGGAGCAGUUUCGCUGCCGAAGGGCGGCAUCCGGGGAGUGGAGGCCGUCUUCUUCAGAUGCCGCCCCAUCCAGCCUGCGAGGAGCCGAAUCUGCAGCGCCGUCUGCACCGACGCCGCCGCCGGGUCCGUUGGGUGCGGAGCUGCAGAUGUACCGCCAAUGGGACGCCGAGGCGCAGCGGAGGUUUGCCGGUGUGUCGAUGCAAGGAUGCAUCGGAGCCGCGAGCGGCCUGCCUUCCCCGCCCUCUUUCCUCACCAGCGGGGCGGCCGUGAGGGGGGAGGGUGUCUGCGGGGGGAAGUCGAAAACUGUGCUGGAGCAGGAGGUGGUACGGCUUCAGCGUGAGAACGAGGCGCUGCGCCACGACCUCCUUCGUGCACAGACCCGGAGGCCAUCUGUUCGUAUAGAGGAUGGCGGGCGUGUGAUGGAGCUGAGUGGCGACGAGUUCUUCAACGAGGAAAACACCAUUCUUCGGAGCGAGCUCGCCGCGACGAAGGAGCGACUGCGCAUGUGCCAGGCCACGAUCGACCUGCAGGAGGACAUGACAGCUAUUGGUGCCAUUCUAAGAACUGGCUGCACGUCGCGCGAGGCGCUGCUGAACGUCUACCCGGAUGAGUCCGCGCUGCUGCACCGCUACCACCACCUUGUGCAACGGGCGGAGCGGCAGCGGGACGCUGUGGGACCCCCGGGGAGUCCGGCUCGGCUGCUGCUGGCGCAACUCGAUGUGGUGGUGCAGGGCUACCAGGCACUCUACCGGCAGCUGCGUGAGGCGAUGGACGCCGACGGCAGCGCCGCACCAGUGCCAGCACGGCAAGGAAGCUUGCGACGGCGCCGAGCCCCAUGGGUGGACUGA